CGGCGGGUUGUUUUGGAGAGUAGAUGGUAGAUGGCGGCUGAGGGUUUAGCGAGGGAGGAGGGUUGGUCUGAUAUUUUCGGAACUCGCCGCCAGUCUCUGGGGUAGAGGAAACAAUAUGGUCGGAGUUUUGUGAGAGAACAGGGUGGUUAUUAAGGAGUUGGCUUGGGGGCCGACACCUUGCGGAAUUAGGUCGAAAUUUUGGUGUAGUUGGGGCGGAGUUUUGGUGAGGAGGGCACAAUGGAUUUGGCGAUGGGGGAAAACGAUGACAUGUGCACGGUGCUCAUGGCGCGGUUCGGAAAUUCUCAGAGCCCGGAGCACAAGCAUUUGUGUGCGGUGGUGCAGGCUAUGGCGGAGGUUUUGCAAGAACAGUCGCUGGAACCUACUCCGACCGCCUACUUUGCGGCCACCAUGAGCUGUUUGGAUCGCCAAGCUGCUAAUACAGCAGUUCGGAACGAGGCUGUUACCACUGCCUUGUGUACGUUCCUGGCUAUGGUGCUACACAAGGUACCUGCCUCGGUGUUGAGAUCGAAAGGGGAUGCGGCUUUGAAGUUAUUGGUAGGAUUAUUGACGGCGAGUUCCGAGAACGCUAGCACCGUGAAAGCCGUGUUGUCUUGCCUGGAGAUUGUGAUUUGCGGCGCCGACACUUCAAACUGGCACAUGGUCGCUCCCGCAUUCAAUUAUCUUCUUCGGUUCUGCACGGAUCAACGCCCCAAGGUUCGCAAGAGGGCGCAGUUGUGUAUGAUAGGGGUGCUCUCUAGUCUUCAAGGUAAGCAAGCCCUAGGAACAGCAAGCGAAGUUGUAUUCAAUCUCUUCGAGCAAUCCCUGAAUACCGUUUCGAAAUCCCUGUCUGGAAACCCUUCAAACACUCCUACUGGCGCUGUUGAAGUUUUACAUAUGCUCGGCGCUCUAAAGCAAUUGCUGCCUCUCUUAGCGGUUAAAUUCAUUGGGCGCAUCCUCCCCCAUUUAGCUCAACUGUAUGAGCUUCAGCAACCCAUCGUAACACGAAAUGUUCUGGAUACACUCCAAGCCUUGUGUACAAAUCCCACUGCUGAGAUGCCAAGUGCAGCAUUAGGGGAAAUUUUAGGUCGGUUGGGGGCUCUCCUCGCCAGCGGAGAGAAGCGCAGUUCAGUAGACGAGGUCACCGUAGUUACUCGCAUAUUGCAACACGGUUUUGAGAAGCUAUGCAAAUCGGACAGGAGCUUGUGUAUCACGAAGCUGCCAGCUGUGUUUCAUUCUUUAACCGGACUUUUGGCAUCAGAACAAGAGGAGGUGGUGUUCGCCGCAGCCGAGAGUAUGCGUAACCUAAUUGGGAGUUGCAUUGACGAAGCCAUGAUCCAGCACGGGGUUACCCAGCUCCAGUUGCACUCUGAACAGCAGAAGCGGAAGGGGGCCUUGUCACCGAUUGAAAGGAUAUGUGUGAGUGUGGAGAGCUCUCUGGGGUAUCAAUACAGUACUGCGUGGGACAUGUCCCUACAUGUUGUGGCCGCAUUGUUCGAUAAAUUGGGAGAGGCUUCGUCUAUCUUGAUGGCAAGCACGGUGAGAACGUUGGGUGAUCUUCAGAAUUUGCCCGAUGAGGAUAUGCCUUGCCGGAAGCAGCUGCACAACACGCUUGGAUCAGCAGUGUCUGCCAUGGGCCCGCAGAAUUUUUUGGCAAUUCUUCCGCUGGAGAUGGAUGGGGAGAAACUCACAGACUCCAGGGUUUGGCUUCUUCCUAUUCUGAAGCAACAUAUUGUGGGAACACACCUCAGGUUUUUCCAAGAGUCGCUUCUUCCGUUGGCCACUCGAUUGCGCGAGAGAGCCCGCAAGUGUGCUGCAGAUGGCAAGCCUGUGGCGUCCAAAAAUGCGGAGUCGUGCGUUCAGUCCAUCUGGGCACUUCUCCCCUCUUUAUGCAACUAUCCAUCUGACACUGCCAAGGGCUUUGGCCUCAUUGCGAAAACGCUGGGAGACGUUCUCACCAAAGAGCCGGAGUUGAGGGGCCUCGUUUGCUCCAGCUUGAAGAUCUUGGUGUCUCAGAACAGGAAGGCGAGGGGAGACGAGUUAGGCGACAAGAUUGGGAGGAAGAUCGCUGAGGAAGAAAGUUCAGAGUUAAGUGUUGCUGAACAACGAGCCAGAGCUCUGUACACACCUGAAGUCGCAGCUGCAAAUCUGAAAGCCAUUGCUGGAUACUCUCGCAACUUCUUGCCUCUGUUAUUCAAUCUUUUCGUCGCGGCCCCUGCGGAGAAGCGUGGAGAUUUGCAGAUCACCAUUGCAGCAAUUGCAUCCAUUUCGGACCCGCAGACAGUGAAGAGUUUCUUUGUGGCAAUCAUGAAGAAGCUCCUGCAAGCCACAGUUGAGGCCAGUACUCCUGCUUCAGCGCCCGAGCCCGGCGCCAUGCAAGUCGACGCUCCAAAGCCUGAUGAGAGUCCAACAUCACGUAGGUGUGUCUUUAUGGAUUUAGCCUUAUCCCUGGUAGGUGGAUUAGACGACGAGGCCUUGGGGAUGCUGUUCUCCACAGCAAGGCCUGCGUUACAGGAUACCGACGCCGCUGUCCAGAAGAAAGCUUACAAGGUGCUUUCUAGCAUCUGCCAGGCCAAUAUGAGCUUCGUGGCUGGGAAGGCGGAGGAGCUGCUGGAGACUCUAUUAUCAUCCUUGUCCAAUGUGCAUUCUUCUGCAAGAAGACAUCGUCUGAUAUGCCUGCAUUUCUUGAUUCUUUAUCUUCUGAAGAGUGAGUAUGAAAAGAAGAACGAAGCUAUAGCCACUUUGAUCAGCGAAAUCGUAUUGGCCACAAAGGAGUCGAACAAGAAGACUCGCAAUGCAGCCUACGAUUUGCUCAUAGAGAUUGGUUAUGGUAUGCAGAACGAGGAGACUGGCGGCUCUCAAGAGCGUUUGAUGCAGUUCUUUACAAUGAUAGUGGGUUGUCUUGCUGGCUCCACGCCCCACAUGGUUAGCGCUGCAGUUGUGGCUCUGGCAAGGCUGCUUUAUGAAUUUUCAGCAGAGCUUUGUCAUACUGUUCCAGAUCUCUUGCCGUCUGCGUUGUUGCUGUUAAAAAGUCGGAAUCGGGAGAUUAUUAAGUCAGUUUUAGGAUUAGUGAAGGUGGUUAUAGCUCGGCUGCCGGCAGUGGAGUUGGAGCAACAUUUGCAUAGUAUGGUGGAGGGCUUGAUACUUUGGUCAGACGAUUCCAAGAACCACUUCAAGGCUAAGGUGCGAGCGAUUAUUGAGAGGCUUGUCCGAAGAUGCGGGAUGGACACUGUUGCGAAGGUUAUGCCACAGGAGCAUAUGAAGCUGCUGACCAACAUUCGCAAGACGAAGGAACAGAAUGAGAGGAAGAAAAAAUCUAAUAAUGUAGGAGAAGAGGAGGAGACGAAAUCUCAGCAAUCUCGGGCUAGCACUGCGAGGAAAAGUAAGUGGAAUCAUACGGAUAUGUUUUCUGAUGACGACGAUGAUGAUGAGCAUGGGGACAUGGAUGGCAGCACGAAGGCCUCGACCAUGGCUAAGACUAGCUUCUUUAACAAAUCCGAAGGAACGACUAAGUCUAGGAAACUGCGGAAGUCAAACAAGAGGCUUCCAGAGGACUUGAUGGAUGUCGAGGGAGAGCCGCUCGAUCUGCUUGACACGCGCAAGACGCGAGAGGUUUUACGAGGACCCAAGUCUCAGCACAAGAAGAAUGACAGCGAUGAUGAAUUGGAGUACACAACCGAUGGUAAAAUGAUAGUGGAUGAGAGCGGGGACAAGAUUCGUGACAAGUUGAAGAGGAAGAAGCAGUGGGAGGAGGAUCACCCUGAAGCUGCUGCAAGCCAAGCUGGCCGAAGCUCCCGACGUGGUGGUGGCGAAGGGUCGAGAAGUAAAGCAGAGAUCAAGCCAAGGAAGGCGAGGAAAGUAAACAAUGAAAGUAAGAGCUGGGCUUACACGGGAGAUGAGUAUGCUAGCAAGAAGAGCAAAGCGGUGGGUGACGUGAAGAAGGAGGGCAAGUUAGAUCCAUACGCCUACUGGCCUCUUGAUCCUAAGAUUUUGAACAGGCGGGAGGCAAAAAGAAAUGCAGCGAGGAAGGGCAUGGGUAGCGUGAUGAAAUCGGCGAAGAAGAUGCAGGGCAUGAGCUCUAAGGAGGCAUUGGCCACAAAACCUUCGAAAUCAAAGAAGCAGAAAGCUCACAAGGGUUAGAGUACAGCGAAGUAGGAUUAUGUAACAAGCAGUGGUUGAGACAAACCCACAUCUCGAGAUAUAUGUGUAUUCGUUUGUAGAAUGAUUUAGCCCAUUAGGUCUUUUGCUACAAGUGAGGAUGACAUUUGAUGUCAUUUGCUUGUUGAGUCUAGUUCAAACCCACAAGAACGUGGAGAUAGCGAUUUUGAGAGAUUCGUGUCGGUUAUAGCAGCAAAGUUUUAAUGAAACGGUCUAGUUUGGUAGCUCCGACUGCUUGGAUUCUGUGUGUGAACGUCUCCUGAUUCGACAAUGAGUCCUGUAGACACCUUAUGGGUGCAAUUCCUGUAUUCAUUCUGCAGAAAUCUCUGGGCCUUAAUCAGGUUCACGGCAUCGUUCUGCACACGUCGAUGUUACACGCAUCGAUAGCUUGGGGUAUACAGUUUGGUAGCUGCAAGAUACAAAGACCAGGGUGAGCAUGGCAGGCAAUUAAUUCAGCUCUAAUGAUGCAAGCAUGCAGAAAAUUCUGGAAGAGCUAGUCAGUCAAACCGCUAUAGAGUAGGACAGGCUUAGGGGUUUAGCAUUUGUGAAGUCCUGUAUGAAGGAGCUUCCUGAUAAAAAAAAGCACUUGGCUUAUCAAAUCAAAAAAUGUACUGGAAGAGUUACUCAAACAAUUUUACAA